GUCACGGUUUUUGCUGUUGCUUGCGUUUGUGUAUUUUCUUGCAAAUAAUAUGAAAAAUCUGUAAUUGAUCAUCAUGAAUCAAACUAUAAAUGUUGAUCAAUUAAACUCAGCACUUACAUCACUAAGAACUUUACGAUUGAGCGUGAGCCAUGUGUUUGAGACGCUAUCGAACGGUCUGCGUGCCGAACACGGUGAGGAUGGCAAAGACAAGUUCCUUUUGGAGCUUCAAGAGCUUUUAAACAACGUCAACAUCAAUUUAAGGGAUCUAGAACAAACUGUCAAUGGUCUGCCAAUUCCAACGGCACCUUUCAACCUGGGCAAUACGACAUUCCUAAGUCAAGAGACGACCCAAGACCGGCAGGCUUUGUAUACCCAAUUAGUCAACAGCUACAAGUGGACCGAUAAGAUACACGAGUACAGUUCAUUCGCACACACAUUGCUCAGCCAAAACUCAUUGAAAAGAUCCUACAUUAACUCGGGCAGCACUAAACGCAGAGGAAAAUUACAGAGUAACCACAAUGUGGCCCCUCUGCAAGUUGAUACUGUCAUCAACAACAUUGAUAGAUCUUAUAAUGAUAUGAAAAUCACUAUUUCACGACCAUUCGCUAGUAAUGCAGUUGUACAGAUCAAUUUAAGCCAUGUGCUAAAAGCUGUUGUGGCAUUCAAAGGCCUUCUGAUGGAAUGGGUCAUGGUCAAAGGUUAUGGAGAGACUCUAGAUCUAUGGACGGAAUCCAGGCAUCAUGUUUUCAGGAAAGUGACUGAGAAUGCCCAUGCGGCUAUGUUACACUUCUAUUCUCCGACAUUACCGGAGUUAGCAGUGCGGUCAUUCAUGACUUGGUUGCAUAGUUAUGUGAACCUGUUCAGCGAGCCAUGCAAGCGAUGUAGCUGCCAUCUGCACCACAUCUCGCUGCUGCCACCAGCGUGGCGUGAUUUCCGAACCUUGGAACCUUUUCAUGAUGAAUGCAAACAAUAGUUAAUGUGGUAUUGAAUGAGGAGACACACUAAAAAUGUUACUUAGUGGCCUCCUCCUUCAAUAUUUAAAGUGGGUGACAAAGACAAUGUGACUGUGUAGUUGUAGAGU